AAAAAAUAAUGAUUGCAUCCAAAUUUUUUUCACCAAAAACACAUCCUUAAAUGUACAAACUUACCCACACUUGGAACACCUCUCUCUCUCUCUGUCUCUCUCUCUCUCUCUCCCCUAGUACGAAAAAAUCAUAAACACCGCACAACUUCAACCACAUUCAUCCACCACAAUCCAAAACCGAACAAGAUGAGAUCCCAACUCCUUUUCCCGACAUGUUUCUUCGCGGUGGCACUGCUAGCCUCUGCGGCGGCGGCAGCGACGCUGGCAGAGCAGUGCAGCAGCGACUUCCAGAAGUUGACGACGUGCCUGACGUACGCGACCGUCGCGCCGGGGAAGGCGGCGACGCCUAGCAAGGAGUGCUGUGACUCGGUGACGGAGAUCAAGGGGAAGGACCCCGUUUGCCUGUGUUACAUUAUACUUCAGACCCACAACGGGAGCGCGCAGAUCAAGAGCAUGGGUCUUCAGGAGUCGAGGUUGAUCCAGCUUCCUACUGCCUGCAAGUUGACUAAUGCUAGCAUCAGUGAUUGCCCUAAGCUUCUAAACAUUUCCUCAACCUCUCCUGACUAUUCAAUCUUCACAAACACCUCUUCGGCAACAACCACUCCUAGCACAGGGACAGCGACAGGGACAGGGACAUCGACAUCAUCACUGACCACACCCACCUCCGACGGGUACUCCAACCAUGGUCCUCAGCUCAUGCCACUCGUCGCGAUUGCCAUGGCCAUCUUCUUCUUCUGCGGGUUCCCAAUCAAGGCUGCGUCUACAUUCUCCACGCGAGAGUGAAAGUUCACGGACUUAGAAGGACUAGUGAAAGCUCUUCUGUUUAUUUUGCUUCGAUGUUUUCUUGACUUCUAUGAACUUUGAUACCACUGUCUUUGCUCUUAGUUAUGUAGUCUGGAGUGUUAUGUUGUUGCUUGGAGGUUUUAAUUAGUGGCCUAUUUUCCA